AUGAAGAUGCUCAAUUUCUGUGCUAUUAUGUUGUCAACUUCAAUAUUGUUCUUAUUCAGACCUUGCCGUGCUGACACUAACGCUAUUGCUAGUACUGAAUGUCCGGAGACUGAUAAUUCUACCUCUGAAAAUUCAUUUCAAACCAAGCUAAACAAUCUUUUCGAUUCUCUGUCUGCAAAGGGACUUCUCAAGCAUGGUUUCCAAAAAUCUACACAAGGAAAAGGAUCAAACAAGAUUUAUGGUCUUGCGCAAUGUAGAGGUGAUAUUUUUGGAUCUGACUGUGCUAAUUGCACCAAGGAGUCUAUCACAGUGGCCAGGCAUGACUGCUCACAGAGUAAAAAAGUAAAGGUUUGGUUCAAAUGGUGUUUUCUUCGCUAUUCCGAUGAAGAUUUCUUCGGAGUUUGGGAUCAGACCUCAGAGGCCAUAACUAAUGAUACUAAUUUUGAUGAUCCCUCAGUGGUUUCAAGAGGGUUUAACUUGAUGACUCAACUGGCAAUCACGGCUCCAAAGCAGCCUUUAUUAUUCCAGACCUCAGUGUUGGAUACUGGAGAAAGUGGGAAGAGAUAUGGCAUGGCUCAGUGCACUAAAGAUAUCAGUACAAGUGACUGUGGAAAAUGCUUGAAUAAUCAAUUGAUGACUUUUAGAACUACAGUUGGAAAUAAAAGAGGAUGGGAAAUUUAUGGGUCAACCUGUAGCAUGUGGUACCAUGAUUUUCAGUUUUAUUUCAACAUCUCCUACCGUACAAGUGAAGGUGAGUUCUGUGAUGCUAUUGCUUUGAUUUUCAGAUUAUUUCAGUCUCUAUUAACAGAAGUUGGGAUUUUUAGACAUGGUAUUGCUGCAACUGAUGUGUAUUAUUUGGUAAUGUAG